UUGAUGUCUGAUAACCACAGUCUGUUACACGAGCUCUAGUUAGAGAGCAACAGCAAUGUUCUUCCCUUUCCUAUACUGCAUAGUCCACAGAGGAGACAGGCGGAAUACUGUUAAGGUUGGAUUGACCUGAAAGGACGCUUCAGGUGGCGUCCUUUUGAUGCUCCGCGUUUCUUCGAGGGCAGUUGUGUCGUUUCCUGAUUCCUCCGCCGCAAAGGGAGGCGUGGCCGGCGGUGACCACCAGCUCGCUCCUCGCGACAGCGAGCAGGUUAACAGGGUACGGGUACCGUCGGCCCUAUUACGACACGUGCCCGCUCUCGUUGAUUCGACGGCUUCCCCCACACCAGGUGGCGUUGCUCCGGCCGUCGGUCGAUCGCCCCCGGCGAUAGCUUGUGCCGCAAGCCUUCUCAUGGCACCCGGUGAUGGACUCUGUUUCCCUCCACUCCGCCCUGGGAGAUGAUCUCCCUUAAGAGAGAAGUCUCCAAGGGGCUUCCAUUCUUCAUCGGAGAGGGUUCAGCUGCUAGUUCUAUUGGCGAUCGACAGACGAAUCAUGGCCUGAUGAUUCAACGGAUCACAGGGUAGGAUGGAUGAUCCAACUCACGAGAUGCCCUCCAUGGAUGCAAGCAGCAGCGACUGCCAGCUGAAGUGCUGUGCGGAUUGCCGGACGACCAAAACCCCUCUUUGGAGAGCCGGCCCUUCUGGCCCCAAGUCGCUCUGCAACGCGUGCGGAAUCCGGUACAGGAAGAACGGGAGAGCCUUACCGGUGUCGAAAAAGAAGAAGGUUGAGAUUGGCAGCGGCGGGGGUGAGGGGUUUGGGGGUGUCUUUCAAGCUUCGGAAGCUGGGGUUGGGUUUGCGGGAGCAAGGACCAUGAUCCAGAAGCAGAGAAGGAGGGGCAUGCUGGGGGAGGAGGAGGCUGCCGUCUCAGCCGGCUUCCUAUAUGCGUAA